AUGCCCGCGGCCCCGCCGCAGAUGGAGCGCGGCCGCCGCGCCCGCCCGCCCGUGCCGCUGGUGUACGUGAACAGCUUCGGCUCGCACCGCUGCGGCACCGUGAUCCGCCUGGGCCGGGGCUGGCGGCAGAGCCGCGGGCAGAGCCCCCCGGGCCGGGCUGGGGCCGCGAUGGCCGCCCCGGAGCCGCGGGCCGGGCGCAGUCCCAGGCCGAGCGGCAGCGGGAGGAGAGAGGGGAGCGGCGGCGAGGCGAGAGCCGGCAGCCGCACCAGCCGCGGUGACCCUCGAGAGGCUAAGGCUGACGCCUUUGACUUUCCCAUCCCUUCAAGAAACGUUGAUAAAGUCAUUAAACGAAAGAAGAAAAAGUCCAAAGUCUGGCACAAGGUCUGGAAAGUGAUUUCAAAAAUGCUUGAGGAAAAUGAAAGGUUCCGAAGUCGACUGUUGACCUGCAGCCAGUUGGAUGGAGAAGGCUCUGACAGGACCCAGAGGUCACAGAAUGGGGCCAGACUGGACAGGGAUGAAUCCAUCUUUGGCUGGGUGUAGCAAGGAAAUAAAGGAAGAUUCAGCCCCAAAGGAAAUAU